AUGUCUGAAUCUCCCUUAGAUCUCCCUGUUUUUGACAUUUCACAGCCCUGGACACCAUCUUCUCUCUCAGCUCUCUCUAUAGCCUGUAGAGAGUGGGGUUUCUUUCACAUAACCAACCAUGGAAUUUCGAAAGAUCUUUAUGAAAAAAUCUUCUUACUUUCAAGUCAUAUUUUCAGUCUUCCUCCACAGGUUAAACUUAAAGCAGGUCCUUCAUCAACCAUAAAAACUUAUACUCCACAGUUUAUUGCCUCGCCUUUCUUCGAGAGUUUACGCGUGUCAGGACCGGAUUUCUUUGCUUCUGCAAAGAGUUCUUCUGAAGUCCUCCUCAACCUCUCUGAUGAUGAUUUCAGUGAAAUACUAAAAGAGUAUGGAAGCAGAAUGGUACACUUAUCAAAAUCAAUCCUGGAGAUGAUUCUUAUGUGUUUGGGGCCUAAUUUAGAGAUGAAAUUCAUAUCUGAGUUCAAGAAUUGUCAUGGCUAUCUAAGACUAAACAAUUACUCCCCACCUGAAUGCAUACAAGAACAAGAAGUUGAAGGGCUUGGAAUGCAUACUGACAUGAGUUGCAUAACCCUAGUUUAUCAAGAUGAAAAUGGUGGCCUCCAAGUGAGGUCUAAGGAAGGUAAAUGGAUGGACAUUAAUCCGUGCGAAGACGCACUUGUCGUUAACAUCGGUGACUUAAUGCAAGCAUGGAGCAAUGGGAAGUUUAGGUCAUCUGAGCACAGAGUAGUUCUACGACGACAUGCUAAUCGAUUUUCCAUUGCUUUCUUUUGGUGUUUUGAAGAUGAAAAGGUGAUUUUUGCUCCAAAAGAAGUCGUGGAUGAAGGAGAAUCGAGGUUGUAUAAGCCCUUCAUUUGUUUGGAUUAUUUGAGAUUUAGAGAGAGCAGUGAGAAAGGGAAGUUUGAGAAAGUUGGAUUCACGGUAAAACAUUUUGCAGGGAAUGAGAUAUAA